AUGAAAGUAAAGAACAAGCUAAAGCUAUACCAACUACCAAACGAACGACCAACAUGUUGUAAAUUAAGAUUUUUGCAGCUGUACGACAAGAAUGUAAGUAUUUACUUAAAGCGAUAUUGGGUUCACAACUGUAGGUACUACCUGCUCAUCGUCCUCCCAGAUAAAAAAUACCAAGCGACUAAUAUGCUACACCUACAUCAGCACUGCACGACUACUUGUGCUACUUUCGCCUUUCUUUUGUCUCACCGCAUGCGGAAUUUAAAAUGUAGAAGAGUGGUUCAUAUUCAUUUCGAAAGAUCUACUGUUAGUUCUAGCACUCAAAAACGACCUUACAACCACAGAGACGACCGCUUUUUGGGGUUUUCCGAAAAGUUUUUCCACGGAUUUUUUCGAAGGCUUCAAUUUCGGUCGUAACUCUUUGAUCAUCUAAUUCCGGCUAAUAAAUCGUACAGUACCUUAUGCAGCGAACACAGGAGCCCCUUGCGUUCCUGCUUUGGUACUUCAACCAAGCAUCAAUCAUCCUAGAUGAGAAAUGUUUUUUACGUACUAGCUAGAGUUAGACUUAGAAAAAGUAAAUGUAAAUACAACGUCCCAGAUUUUCGACGCUUUCUCACCUCAUCUAGCCGGCACCGAAACUGCAAUAUGAUGUGCUGCCGACGUGUACUACACAAAUUCGAUACUUCCGCAUGUAAUCAUCAAUAAUGCGAGCGAGUUUCGCCUCGAUCGCGAUUUAUUUUGCUAAAUACUUCGCUUGUUCAGUUCGAAACAAAUAAACGACACCAGAUUACUUUGACUCCACAUGCGUGUGGCACGCAUCACAUUAACAACCUGGUGCUGCUCGUGCUUCUGCUGGCUCUCUCAUCUGCAGCUGUGGAGGGACAACUCCAGGAAAAACUCCGCAGUUAUUACCAUACACGGAAGGUGGCACUAAAAAAUCAAGCCCGCACCUUGUCUCAACAAUCCGAAUUGUUUGCACGACUACCACCGUUCCGAG